AUGUCGACAACUGUUCAAGCUUUUUGUAUUUUUUGGUUUUGCGUGAACUUUUUGUUUGCACUAAAUAUUGGAAUUGUCGAAGAGUUCAAGGAAUUGAGGUUUCGUUUCAUUAAUGGACCAGACACAAAAUCUUUUGAAGACUUCCAAAUGAAUGAAGCAGAAAAACUUUUAAAUCAUUUAAAGUAUGACAACAAUAAGCCAACUGUUGUGUACGUUUAUGGAUUCACUGAAAAAUACAAAUCAAAAAGUACGCAAACUCUCGUCGAGUCUUAUAUCGAAAGAGGUGAUCACAACAUUCUCGUUGUUGAAUGGUCAAAAUAUUCCAAUGCCAAUUACGCUUUUGAAGCCAUUCCGAGCUCUUAUCAAAUCGGCGAAAUUAUUGGAAAAGUCCUUUUGAAAAUGAAAGAAUCAGGAUUUAAGUUGGAAAACUUUCAUUUAAUUGGUCAUUCACUUGGUGGUCAUCUUGUUGGUAUUAUUGGCCGAAAUGUCUUCAAACAUUCAAAUAAAACAUUUAAAAUCAAAAGAAUAACAGCUCUUGAUCCAUCUUAUCCUUUGUUUUACGGAAUUGGUUCGAUAUUCAACAGUCCAUUGAACAGAGAUGACGGAGAAUUCGUUGAUGUUAUUCACACUGACAGCAAUUUCUUUGGAGCUCCAGUCUCAUGUGGUUCAGUUGAUUUCUGGCCUAAUGGCGGUAAAAACCAACCGAACUGUCCACCAGCAAAUGUGGAUGUUUAUGAUGAACAAAAUUUUUGUUCACAUCGACGAUCUUGGAAAUAUUACGCAGAAUCUGUUCGAUCACUAGACUUCAGAACAUUUCAUUCCAUCUCUUGUCUUUCAUGGAAACAUUUCAAGGACAAUCAAUGUGACUUUAAUCCUGACAAUGCCGAAGCUUACAUGGGAAUUGAUGCCAAUCCUCAACUGCAUGGUAAUUAUUUCUUGCAAACAAAUGCUGAUGCGCCUUUUAAUCGUGGAGAGAAUGGAAUUAUUUAUGAGCCAUUUGAUUAA